AUGCCUGCUGCCAACCAAAGGCUACAGAAAAUGACCAAGUCCCAGAAACCAGUAUCAUUCAAGGACGUGGCUGUGGAUUUCACCCAGGAGGAGUGGCAGUAUCUGGACCCUCCCCAGAGGGACCUGUACAGGGAUGUGAUGCUGGAGAACUACAUCAACUUCAUCUCAGUGGGAUAUCAAACCCCCAAGCCAGCUGUGAUCCACAAGUUGGAACGAGGAGAAGAACCAUGGACGGUGGAGAGAGAAAUCCCAAAUUGUAGCUACCCAGGUGAGUUAGGUGAAGACGUGUCUAUAUGGAAGGAAAUGAAAUUAAUAUCACAGUUGGUCAAUCUUUGAAAAAUAUGCUUCAGGACUCUCUCCCUAAAGGAAAUA